GCUCAUGAAACCUGAUAUAGAUUAUGGACCAUAAAGUGGAUAGAAAUAGGUAAACAGAAGCGUUUGUUAUUAAGAAAGAAGCCUAAACAAAUUCAAGUGAGCUGUGGAAAUUUGUAGACAUUUGUAAUAUUUUUAUGAUAAUCUUACUUUUAAUCGAAGAUUGAAAACUUUUAUCAUAUUUAUCUACCAUGGGGAAGUAUAAUACAAGAGGUGCCAGCAAACGAAUACCAAGAAAUGCUGUUGUGAUGAAAGAAAACGUCCUAGGUAUUGCUGGUUCUGAUGAUGAAAUUUCUACCAGUAAAGAAACCAAUAAGAAAAGAAAAGGCAAAACUCCAGUGGAAUCUGAAAAAGAACCAAAAAGAAUUAAAAAGACGAACAGCGAUCACGAUAGUUACUGUUGGAAGUGCCACAAUAUCGUGACAAAAAUUGAGAAUUUACCAGAAAUAGAGUGUUCUACAUGUCCCCGAUCCUUUCAUUCUUACUGUAUAAAAUCCACUAAGAUAGAUAAAGAUAGGAGCUGUUACGUUUGCCAGCAACAAUCUGAUGUGAAAACAACAUCAACCAUUGAUGAUGAACUUCAUCUCUCUAAGUUGCUUUUACACAUCAUAGAUACUGCUUGUCCCAUGGACAGCGAGGAAUAUAGAAAAAUUGUUGAUUGGCCAAAUUUUGAAGAAAAUGAGAAAUUAUUCUGCAGAAGAGAUUUUAGGCUAAUACGUGAUAGAUGUGUUCAAAAAGGGAUUCAACAGUAUGAAUCUCAUGUAGAAUUGAUUGAAGACAUAGAGUGGAUACAGCACAACUGCAUUAUUAUUUAUGGAGAUAAAUCUCAAAUUGCUACAAGUGCAAAAAAAAUAUUGCAUGAAGUGCAAAAAAUGUUGAAAGAUGCUUUAGAUUGCCCUGAAUGUUACUAUAAGAAGAUAGGAAAUGAGCCUUUAGCAUUUUUAAAUAUAUGUAAAAUACCACAUCCCCUGGUAUGGGCUAAAGUGAAAGGCUAUUCAUAUUGGCCUGCUAAGGUAUUGUUUGAGAAGAAAAGGUAA